UUGGUAAAACCCUCUGGACCGCCCGUCCAUCCGUUCGACCCAGGGAGUGUGCGUGGACUGCUAAAGCGUUGUCCCAUUCUUUGGUAGCGACGUGCACAUCACUCCUGAAAACGGCGGUCGACAGAAAGGGUCUCUUGGCGGGUCAAAUUCACCGUUUAGUUCAUAGAUUGCUGUGCUCGACAGGGUUGUUUAUUUAUCGAGCUCGUUUUAUCUGUGGAUUCCAUCUAGACAGCCAAGGACACAGACAACAUUUGGGCGUAGCUUGCUGAAAGGAAGAACUGCUCUUCGAGGUCAGCCAGACGGUAGGUAGCUGCCCAAGCUCUGCUCUUUUCCUGACGGUGUUGCGAGUGCCCUCCUUCCGCAUCCCAACACCAACAUCCCGAGACGGGUCGCCAGGACUGAGACGUCAUGAAACCGGAUGGGGUUGUCACAGCAACAAUGGAGCCGAUGGAGUUGCUGGACGCUGACCCUGUGAUGGAGGCGGCGCCGCCCGCGGGCGAAGGGGCAGACCAGGUGUCCCCUCCUUCGACGGAGUCACAGGAGACGGGACAGGGUGAGCCACAGCCCACCGAGACGCCGGCCCCCGCCGCCAAGACAGACAAGAUCGACAAACCGGCGGAUCCCAAGGCCAAGACGAAGGGACCGGCCAAGCCGAAGACAACCGGAACCGCAGGGACCAAGCCCGCCUCUCGACCCGGCACUGCCCAGAGUCGCCUUCAGAACGGCACACAGAAACCUCAGACCAACGGAGUGACCAAGAAACCCACCACGGGCCCCGCAGACAGGAAGACCACGUCAACCACAGGCCCGGCCAAAAAGCCCGCUGGCACCGCGGGGGCACCGGCCUCGCGGUCACCCACUAAGCCGGCUGAGCGGAAAUCCACCGGGGCCACCCGUCCCACCUCUGCUCCUAAUGCCGUCAAUGGAGCAAAGACAGGGACAGCUCAGCCGCUCAGAAAGGCCCCAUCUGCAGCGAGCAGUGAAGCGAAAACCAAACCAAAAACCACAGCCCCAGCCUCCAGACCCACCUCUGCAGCUCCCAGGCCUAGUACGGCUGCCUCCACCAAAUCUGAUAGGCCGCCAGUCUCCAAGACAACAAGGCCUGCUGGUGGUCCUCCAAGCUCUAGGCCCUCUUCUGCGGCACCCAAGACAGCCACAUCCAAGACAACAACGCCAACCAAGCCAGCCACACCGAGGACAGCCACCACAACAGCUAGCAAACCGGCCACACCUAAAACAGGCUCCACAACGCCCUCUGCUGGACGCACUCCAACAGCAGCCUCAAAGACCACAACUCCUGUAAAGAAAGAUGUCAGCAAGCCAAGUACUCCAGCAGCCAAGAAACCGGCAACCUCCCCUCUCACUCGGCCUUCCCCAGCCAAGACCACCAAGCCAGACACCCCCAAGUCAACCCCCGCGGCAAAGCCAGACUCUACCAAGAAGCCUGCUGCCAGCAGUAGAACAGCAGAUGCCAAGACGCCCAGCAAGCCCAAGGAGGCCAAAUCAACACCAUCAAAAGAAGCCACUGCCACCUCUAAAGCGCCUGGCGCGAGGCCCGGUACGGCCAAGUCGGCCAGUCCCAAAAAGGCAGUGGGCAGCAACACGCCAACGCCAGUGAAGCGUGGCCCGAAGCCAGGGGCGGCUGCUGCCCAGCCAGAGCCCAAGGAGGGGGAGAAGCAGGAUGCCACUCCUGCAGUGGCCGCUGUUGCUGCCGUCGCCGCUGCUGGUGCCGCGGCCGCUCUGGCCAGCGUCACUGUUUCAGAGCCUGAAGUUGCUGUGGAGCCCACACCUGCACCCGCACCCGAACCCCCCGCACCCAUGGAAGAGCCUGUGGCUAAAGCACCCGAACCGGAAGUGCCCCAGUUGGCGGCCCAGUUAGACCUGGUUCACCUGGAGGAUACUGUGACCUCCCCAUCUCCCCUGGGCACCACGGUGAUGUCCCCACCUACUUCACCUGUGGGUCCCCCAGCCAUGCCCAUGGAGUGCCAGGGCUCUGCUGCUCCCAUGCUGGACAUGCAUGGUCAGGACGAGCCCUGGGCACACAGUCAGGCCAUGCCAGCCUCCCAUGAUGCCAUGCCAGAGGAUUUGGUUGAAGAUGAGGUGAAAGUUCAGGACGAUUUUCACGUUUCCAUGCCUGCCAUGCCAGAAGCUAAGACAGAAACGACAUUCACCCUGGAAGCUGAACCUGAUCUGUUUGCUCAAUCCUCAGCAGAUCACUUUUCCGGCAUUUCCCCGGCCGAUCACCUCUCCGGAGCUUUCCCUAGCUCACCUUUCCAUGAGCGAGAGGAGGCGGUCGAGAAGGCAGAUGAGGAAAUCAACGAGGAUGUGGAUGAUGAUGAGGAAGAGAAUGAGGAUCAAGAAGCAAAGGAAUUCAUCAAGUUGCCAGAGACCAUGCCAGUGACAAGUGCUGCUCCACACAUGGACGAGCUCGUGUCCGGGGCUGCAGAUUUUGGCAGCUCUGAUUGGCAAGGACAUGGCUUUGGAGAUAUGAGCAGCCAACAGGAAAGCGCUAUGAUAAAAGGAAUAACCAGCCUGUUAGAGGACAACCAGAUGUCCACCGGUGAUAUGGAUGAAUUUGGCUUGAAAGUGGAGAAGAAAGAGGAACCAUUCAUGACCUCUCCAAGUGUCAAAACGUUUUAUGCUGAUGAAGAGGAAGAAGAGAAGAUUAUGGACAUGGAUGUUGGCUCAGAGCAUGCUGAGAAACAGCACAAGGUUACUGGAGAAGAUGAGGAGGAGGAAGAGGAUGAAGAUGUAGAAAUGGUCAGCGAGGGCAUGAUGGAGAGCGGAUUGGAGAGCUGUGGAAACGUCGACACAGAUGAUUUCACAGUGGAUGUCCGCGGGGAAAACCUAAACCGCACGGCCCCCCAGCCCCCCAUCCCUCCAUCGUCCGCCUGGGGUCAGACCAAUCCAUUCGGGAACCCCUGGGCUCAGCCACCCUCCAGCCUCUUCACGUCCAGCACCUCUCCUGACCCUGUAGCGGCUCAACCCGAGUCCCCCACCAAGUCACCGGCCCAGGCGUGGCUGGAGUUUGGCGGUGUGGGUCAGGGUCAGGCUGCCCACAGCAUUGAGCCCAUGCUGCGGAUGCCCGAAAUGCCGUCUGCCCCAGCUCUGGAGGAGAUGGACGGCGCCAUGCCCGGGGACUUGGCCCCUCCUGCCGCCCCGGCUGUGGGCAUGUCUCAGUCCAGCACGCUGAGCGGCACAGCGCUGGCCGCUCACAGCAGCAGCGAGACCAGCACGCCCGAGGAGCUCCGCGAUUACGACAGCAGCUCUGGCGUGGAGUCGCGCUCAGACAAGCAGCAGACCCCCGUGCCCAUGGUCCAGCCCGACCUGGAGCAGGACCUCGGCAUCCACCUGGAGCGAGGCGACGGGGAGGAGGAGGAGGCCGAGACGCUCCCGGCCGACGAGGUCCUCGGAGGCCCGCCUACUGCGCCGGCGUCCGCUCCCUCCUCGGCAUCCACGUCCGGCGACGAGGCCAGCGACACGGAGGGCGAGAUGCAAAUCAACGACCCCGACGCCCCGGCCGAAGAUGACCACAUGGUAGCCUUCGACAGCCCGCCGCCGACCCGCAACCUCCCCGUGCUGGCUGAGGACGAGGAGGCCACGGAUGCCCAGACGGGAGACGGUGCCGAGGAAGACGGAGGCACGCCACAGUCCGCCAACUCGGUGGCGUCCUACGGCUUCGACGGCACCUCCAACUCCAACGCCCACUCCACAGCCGAGAGCUGUGGCAAGAGCCCCGGCAUCUUCUCCCUGGAGAACGAGGACCAGCUGACGGAGGAAGCCAAGGACCCCUCGCUCAUCAAGGAGCUGACCCUGCCCUCGUCAGCCGCCGCCCAGGCCGAGGACCUGCUGGGUGGACCCGUGGACCUGCUUCCCCUGGGCCAGCCCGGAGAGUCGCACGUCGACCUGAACGAGCAUCAUCAGUACAUGCUCUGCGGAAAGACGGGCGCCGAUCUCCACCCGGAGGCUGACGCCUUGGAGACCGCCGCGCGCCACUCGUCCUCGCCGCUCCCAGGGGACGGCUCCGACGGCCAGCCGCCCUACUAUUCCACCAUUUGCGAUAAGACUGAUAACUUUCUGGCAGGUAAUGUAUAAGCCCCUCCUCACUUGGAAUGCACCUUCUUCCCACCCCCACUUCCCUUCCCCCGUGUUUGUGCUUUCUCAUGUUGGGGUAGAUUUCUUAGAUGAAAAGAAAAAAAAAACGGAGGGCAAAUGAUAGGAGGAAAAAAGGAGAAAGAGAAAGAAGGAUGGGGUGGAAAAAAAACUGUAGAUAACUCAGAGCUGCCUCCUUCUUUCAUACUACUAUUGUGGUCAUGGUUAUGCGUGUAUGGCUUACAUGUCUGUAUGUACUAUAGCUCCUAUCAUUUUCUAUUAGAAUGUACUUUUUAAAGUAACACUGCAUACCACCCUGAAUUUGCAUUGAUUGACUGAUUGAUUGUGUUGACACUCUUUUAAAGACAAAAGAGGAACAAAAAAAAAAUUCUACAAAUGGGAUGGACUCUACCAACCAACCUUUGUAUUUAUCCUUCUGUUUUUACCGAACAAAUGUUUUUUUGUUUUUUUUUUGUACCUGAUUGUUUCUAUUUUUGUUGUUGCAAAACUCCUGUCUUACCUUCCCUCUGUGCACACGCCACAUCUCUUGCACUAUAGAUUGUAGCCUUACUUGCCCUCUUUUAAGUUAGCUCCUUUUACAAGCUCUAACUCUUCUAGCAGUGAUUUUACAGUUAGAUAUUUAACACUCAGCUUCUAUCCUUGACAGUUUUUUUUUUAAUUGUUAUGAUGAUAAUUAUAGAGGGAGGUGUUGUGGAGUGUUAGGAGAAACAUGGAUUUUUCUUAUCUUGGCCAUUAUACAGGAGUACUGCUUUGUGAAGGAUAGUUUACAAUGACAGGUAAUGUUCCAUAUCGCAUCUGUUUUAAGGUAUUUGGUUCAGAGUGGCUUCUCUUUGUACCUAAGUUUAAAAGAAGAAAAAGAAAAAAAAACAAACAAACAAAAAAAAGAACACCUGAUUUGGAUUUGUGAAAAUGUCUCCCCCCUUCAUUUAUAUAUUUAAAGAUGAAAUAGUACUCCAAGCUCAGAGAUGUUCAGUGGUGUAAGAUUUUUGAAGGAGUAAUUUGCAUGUACAACUAAUGAAAAACAAUUGUAAUUUUUUGGUUCAGACCAAAUGCAUUCAUCUAGGGGAUGUUCAUUAAAUUAAUGGUUCACACUAACAGAAGGGUUUUCAAAAAUUUCAUUAAACAUCAUUGCAAGGCUA